GAAAAAGCUCUUCUGAUCCUGAAGAUUUGUGUCUUUUAUUCCGACACAGACCUCGUUUAUAAAGCAGAGAUUCGCAACAAAUAACUCGUUUCCCACUAAUGCAGACCAAGUGUUCGUGAAAUUCUUCAAAGAUCAAACAUCUGGUAAUAUUACUUACCAUUUCAUUUUCUUACGAUUAUGUUUCCUCCUUUGUUUCAGAUUGUUUCACUUGGGUUUUUUUGUUACAGUUGGAUAUUUUUGUGUGCAUUACAAUUAGAUUUUUAUUUUAUGUUAUUAAUUUCUAAGGAUUUUUUUUCCAACAACCUCUAUUCUACAUAUGGUUCAGCUAGUCAAACUAGUACUGAAUCGACAUAAAUUAUAGCUGAAUAGGAACUGCAAUCAUAACGGGAUAAUUUAUCCCUCUUUGAAUUAUUUGUUCUUAAAAUAUCUAGACUCUUUAAGGAUUUGGAUUAGGUUUUUAUUUUAUUUAUUUAAUAUAUUAUAUAUAAACACAAACUAAGAUAAAAUAAACAAUAAUAAAAAAAUAUAACUAUUAAUUAAUUAAUUAUGAAAAAUAAAUAACAAUGUAAAUAAAUUAUGGAAAAAUAUUUAUGUAUUGAGACAUUCAUAAGGAAAGAAAGAAACCUGAGGCAUUGUCUCUUUUACAGAACAGGAAAUACAUACAGGAGAGAGAUAGAAAGAUAUGGUGACUACAAACUUAGUAUCAGAAGAAGAUGUAGCUGCGCUAACAUUAGUAGAGUACAGCAAAGCUCCUAGAAAGAUAUUCAAGGAGGUAACCACAAGUUUAACACCAGAAGAAGAGGAAGAAGCUGAGCAUGAGGUUAUGUUGGCACUGAUACAACUAAGCCAAAAUCAUCCAAUAAAACGCAGCAAGAGGGUGAAAGCUGAUAAAAGUCAGCCUGAAGAGGUGGAAGUUUCUGAUCAAGCUAAGCAGCGUAAGAAGAGGCAACCUAUGAAGAAAGACAAUUCCGAAGAAACCCUAACUCUGCUGCUCAACUGGAACAAAACUAAACCAGCAAAGCCUCCCUUUCUCCUUGAAUUGGUGGGUAACGUUUGCAGCAAACCAGUAAGGAAGCAGUUAAUGGGAAGCGACGUGAAGAAAGAUCAAUCCAGGCUCAAGUUAGGGAAGGCGGAAGUGAAGAAGAUGGUGCAGCAAGUCAUGGGAAAGUCAGAUAAAGUUGGGACUAAAGGGCUUGAGGUUUCAGUAUAUGGACAAGAAGGGGAGGUUGGUAAGAUGAUGUUCAAGAUGUGGAGUGUGAACACGCCUGUGUUAAUGGGUAUCGGAUGGAAGAAUUUUGUGAAAGAUAAUGACCUCACCAAGCAUUGUGAUUUUCUCACUAUUUGGAUGUUUAGGCACAAAAACAGUGAUGAGAUUUGCUUUGCUAUUGACAAGACUAGGCAUCAUACUGUAACUAGACCUCUGAGUAAGAGGAUCUCGAAAGCUGUCUUCAGGAAUCCAAAUUAGAGGUUUUGUGUUGCUUUUGUUGGUUUUUUAUUUUAGGGUUUUGUGUAUGUUCACUAAGGGAGUGUUUGGAAGGCUUUUUGGGCUCGGUUCUUGGUUUGUUUCAUUGAGAAUAGUUAAACUCUCACUUUAGCUAGAUUUGUU